AUCAGCGACCCUCACGAAAAAUGUAGCUGGCUGACAACUUCCGCUCUGACGUCAUCAAACUUCCGCCGGCAGACCGGCUGUAAACAACAGCGACCAAUAUGCAAGUCGAGGUUCUUUUCACUGUGAUAAGGUUUUAGACGCAUGCCAACAAAUGCGUAAAAUGAUGGCAACCCACGCGGUUCUGUCAUCGGGAGUCAAAACGUGGAGAGCUCUAACAUGUGAGAAGUCAGAGCUCCGAUUGGAUCUCACUCUUGCUUGUGGGCAAUCAUUCCGCUGGAGGGAGACGGCAGACGGCCACUGGACUGGAGUGAUGGGAGGACAAGUGUGGACUCUGACUCAGACCGAGGACACGUUGUGGUACCAUGUUUAUAAACCCAAUGACGUGCACAGAGGACUCAUGGCAGAGAAGGAUGGCGAGAAAAACACGUCACAGCUGAAAUGCAAUGCAGCCGUGAAAAAGGAACAGAAGGAGGCCAUGGCUGUAAACCAGCAUGAGGACGAGGCCAUGUUGAGAGAUUACCUCCAGCUGGAUGUGAAUUUGAAGGAUCUGUACAGAAAAUGGGGAGCAGCGGACAAGCAUUUCCAGAAAAUUGCAGACAUCUUCACCGGUGUGCGAAUGCUCCGCCAGGACCCCACAGAAUGCCUUUUCUCCUUCAUCUGCACUUCCAACAACCACAUCUCCCGUAUCCAAGGCAUGGUGGAGAGAUUGUGCGAGGCUCGGGGAAACCUGCUCUGCAAGCUGGAUCAAACCUCCUACUACGACUUUCCUUCGCUGUCCGCAUUAGCAGAUACCAGCGUAGAAGCCCGCCUGAGGGAACUCGGUUUUGGAUACAGAGCUCGGUUCUUGCAACAGAGUGCAAAGCAGAUUUUGGACCAACACGGUUACAAAUGGCUUGAAGGUCUUCGCAGGGUCCCGUAUUCGGAGGCCCGCCAUGCUCUGCGUGCCCUACCCGGGGUGGGCACUAAGGUGGCAGAUUGCGUAUGUCUGAUGUCUCUGGAUAAGGCCGACGCCGUGCCCAUCGACACGCACGUGUGGCAGAUCGCCAAGCGCGACUAUAAAUACGCCACGGCCAACCAACCCAAAAGCAUCACGGAGAAGCUUCACAAAGACAUCGGGGAUUUCUUCAGGAAUCUGUGGGGUCCCUACGCCGGGUGGGCACAGUCUGUGUUGUUCUGUGCCGAUCUCAAGAAAUUCCAAAAGCUGAAAGAAACGCCACGUCUGAAAAGACCAAAGGAAGAGUCCGACACUGAAAGUGUGGUGACGUGCAAGAGAGCAAAUAUGAAGACUGUGAAAAACAGGAAACCCAAGUCAGCGUCGCGAAAGCAGGGAAAGAGGUCCGUGAAGGAGGAGCAGGUAGUAUGAUACUGUACUUUUCUACAUUUUGAUACAACUACCGUUUUUUUCCAUGUAUAACGCGCCCCCGUGUAUAAUACGCACCCUAAAAAUGACAUGUUGAUGCUGGAAAAAAGCCUGUACCCAUGUAUAAUACGCACCCAAAUUUUGACUCCUACUUAAGUCCGUAAACGUAAAAUUAUUUCAGAAAAAAGAUCAUCUUUGGGAACAACCCGGUGUUAUUCUGCCGGUCAGUAUCACUGCGCAUGCGCUAGCAAACUCGGUAGCGAAGAAAUGUUUCGGAUUUGUGUAGGGUACAUUGUGACAGCAAACGAGCAGGUGAUCUAGCAAGCGUCUGAUACGAGAGCAUUGUGUUUGUAUGGAGCGGGUUUGAAGUGAACAGCAGAGAAGAAACUGCAUCUGUAAUGGCGGCCUCCGUAUGAUAUCCGGAUUAAAAAAAUAUAUAUAUAUAUUGUACCCAUAUAUAAUGCGCACCCCAGAUUUUAGGACAAUAAAUUAAAUUUUGCGCAUUAUACAUGGAAAAAAACGGUAUGUUAAAUAAGCUAGUUUGUGUAAUUGUUCUUUGUACUUUCCCAUGAAUUAAAAAAAAAAUAGUACUGUAUCGAGUUUUGUUUUUGGGGGGGGUGAAUACAAAAUAGCAAAAUUUCAAUCCGCAAACAGUUCUAGCGAAUAGAAAGUAAGUCGGCAAACAUUGCCGUGGCCACUAGAUGGCAGUAUAUACUUACUGUUUUACAGGUUAACGUCACUUAUGGGUCAUCUAUUUUCAACGUGAUUUCCCCGAGUAAAUGCAUUAAUAUGUACAUUAUGGCUUUUGUGUUCAUAUUUAAAACACAUUUCUGUGCGUUUCUAAUCUAUUGAAUUGGGUGCCAUCAGUGUGCUUGUGUUUAUUAGCAUUGGUUUGACUGUGUCAGCUGGCAUUUCUUUUUUUACAGCAGCCAUUGUGCCACAUUAACAAUAUGUGCAUCUUCACGGCUUACAAGUUAAGGUUCCAUUUUCCCCCUCCACGCAAGGUGCAUCCUGAAUACGUUUGCACGUGUUCUUUUUAUGUGUCAUGCAACCAGAAGUGCUGUUUAUGUGCUGAGGUGUGCAGCCAUGUGCAUUAAUGAAUGCGAGUCAGCGUUCAUGCCCACUCCAUUUAAGCCAAAUACGGAUUGGGGGCCUGCUUCAGGGCAGAGAGGAACAGCAGCGCGAGAAUGGAGUCAGGAGAGCAGCAAAAAUGAAACAAAUAGGGAGGCUUUGGUGGAUGCAUGCUGAUGGUGGGCACGUGAAUUUGAAAAGGAAGGCUAUGCGCUAACACUUAACGCACAACCCGGCGUUAUAUAAGGGAUGGCUCUCGGCUUGUUCUUUGUCCUUGAGUAUGGGGCAUCUCUUCUCAUCAGCUUUGUUUUACUGCAGUGAAUGACUUCAGCAGCAGGGGGCGUCACAAUUUGUCAUGCCAAACCAAAAAACGUGAAAGUCCAUGACCAAGGAAUUAUUAUUGCUUUAUGUUGGAACAAGCACAAUUAGUGGGUAAUUGUGAAAAUGGCUGUUGUUUCUCUAUGUUGUCUGUCAUUUGUUACUUUCAAUUUUCAGUUGACGACAUUGAACUACAGUAAUCCCUCGUUUAUCGCGGAUAAUUGGUUCCAAAAACCACCCGCGAUAAGUGAAAUCCGCGAAGUACGGUCACCAACAAGAAGUACUGGGCAGGCUAACGAGUUAGUGGAAAGAUGCUAAUUCACGAUCGUGCUAACACGCAAAAACGGACUUCUAAAGGAAUGUAAACGAACAUUUGGAGAAAUACUACAUUGUCCUAAAGGUUAGACACAAGUUCCCUUAAUUUAGAAGUUUAAUUUUGACUUUUAAAUUGUUUUUUUAAUUUUUGGAAAAAAAAUCCGUAAUGUAGUGAAACGAAACGCGAAGUAGCGAGGGAUCACUGUAUCUCCAUGAGCUUCCAUGCUUGCUAGCAUCCAAAGUGCUUAGCCUAGCUGUUAGCCGCUCAUCUCCAGGCGGUGGUGACGACCAUUCGGGGCUGGACAAACAACAAAUUACAUUUGUUUAAUAACUUGAUAUUUUUUUUAGCUACAGUUAGUUUAAACCUUUUUUUGUUAAAUUCCACUUUGCUCAAGUGAUGGUUGAAACAAAGUCACUCUGUAGUUUCUAAAACCAUGAAUGUUAUUACUGCUGAAUAGUAUCAGAUGUAGUCAAGCAUGUGUGUGAUACAUUGCCUAAAUAAUGUUGAUUCACCUUAGAUGUGGUCAACCCAAUGUAGCUGGAGCCAGUCUUUUUGGGGGGGCUACGCCAAUUCAUCUUUGCAGUCUAGACAUCCACAGACAGAAUUGAGUUGAUGAGUUGGCGUAUGAAUAUUUUGGCUGUUAUUCGUGAACUGAGGCCUCAUUCAAUUUCCCAGCAAUUAAUAGUUUCUUGCCACUGACUAGCUUUAGCUGGCAAGUGAUGAAGUGAUUGUGCAAUCUGAGGAGGAGCCCAUUCCGCCUGUUCCAGAAUCGCCGAUCGCCGGAUCAAUUGAAAUGACAGAGCGGAAUGUGGUCACCGCAUUCUUGGACAAAGAUGAAUGUGGGCAGCAUGAGUAUCACAUGUGGCUGUGGUGUCGCCCUCCUUUUGAGCAUUAUGCAUGCUUUAAAUGUUGUGAGUUAUGUCGCAUUAGUUGUCGCUUUGAAAGCUUGAAAGUGCGUUCCAGAUUUACGAAUGGUUGUCAGUCGAAUAUGAUUAACUGCGUGCAUUAUUAGAUACACCUGCGCCAUUAAACUAAUCGGGUUUGUUUUUGAUUGACAGUGUGGAUCAAAAUGAUUGUUGGAAAAAAAAAAUAUUUUAAAAAACACUGAUAGAUUUUCAAUGAAUGGGUUCCAUGAAAAUAGGAGGAAAGCACACAGC